AAAUUCUUCAUUCUUUUGCAAUUAUUCGAAUAGAUUAAACGUCGAUUCGUGUAACUCGGUGAGGUGUACAUAUUGUUUUGUGAUUCGCCUUCCGUAUAAACACAAGUACGUUUUCCGCGUUCGAGUAGAUACUUUUUUGCUGCCGGUAAAAGUAAUUAUCUGAUAUUUUCUUCAACCAAAGUUUCACUAUGUGGAAAAUCCAGAAGCCCGCACCCCAUUUCAAGGGAACCGCUGUCGUUAAUGGCACUUUCAAAGAUAUCGAUUUGAAUGACUUCAAGGGCAAAUAUCUAGUUGUGUUCUUCUACCCACUGGAUUUCACAUUUGUCUGCCCCACCGAAAUCAUUGCCUUUUCGGAUCGCGUUUCUGAAUUCCGCAACAUUGGCUGUGAAGUUGUUGCCUGCUCAACUGACAGUCACUUCACACAUUUGGCUUGGAUCAACACACCACGCAAACAAGGUGGUCUCGGUGAUUUAUCGAUCCCAUUGUUGGCUGACAAAUCGAUGAAGAUUGCACGCGACUACGGUGUGUUGGACGAAGAAACCGGUAUUCCAUUCCGUGGUCUUUUUGUCAUUGACAAAAAUCAAAAUCUACGUCAAGUCACCAUCAACGACUUGCCAGUUGGACGUAGUGUCGAUGAAACUUUGCGUUUGGUUCAGGCAUUCCAAUUCACCGACGAGCACGGUGAAGUUUGCCCAGCUAACUGGAAACCCGGCGAGAAGACCAUGAUUGCUGAUCCCAAGAAGUCAAAGGAGUACUUUGCACUUGCCUCUUAAACAGUUUAAUAUAAUUUGUGAAGAAAAAGCUGUGAAGUGAAUUUGCUCAAAACAAAAAAAAAAAAUUGAAGAAAAGAAAAGAAUUUUAAAUUACAUAUUUGUUGUAUUAGCAACGACUCCGGAAGUUGUGCAUUAAAAAAUAAAUUACAAGGAAAAAAAAGAUAUUGAUUCGAAUUAAAAUUGCAAAUUAAGAGACAGAUCAGCAUUAAUACACACAAAAUAUAUACUAUUCAUACAAGUAAAAAAAAUGCACUUAAAGUGCGCUAUAAUGAGGCAACAUUUUUCUAUUAGCUCUUAGUUUUUAUAUAUACAUAUGUACACUUGUAUGUGCGUGUAUCUAACAAAUUGUUGAUUUGUACGAUUUUGGUUUUAUAUGCCAAGAACGAGCGCAGAGAAUUUUUGUUCAUUUGAAAUUCAAUAAAUGUAUGUAUUUGAAGAGUAUUUAAUAAAUCUACAGAAAUAAAUGUAAGAACAGAAUUUAAAACCAUAA